CAACUCUUGUCAAAUCCACAAAAAUUCUCAGUCCUCCACCGACCCUGACCCGAACCGACCCGAAUCUUGCCGGUGAGAACAUGGAGGUCCAAAGCAGCAGCAACAAUGGCGGUCACUCUUCAUUCUCCAGUCUCCGCGUCUACCUCAACUCUCUUUCCGCGACGCCUUCUCGCUUAUCACGCCGCGCUAUUUCCGUCUCCACUUCUUCCGACGAGAUGAGUCACGUCCGCGCCGUCUCCGGCGAACAGAUGCACGUCCGCGCCGUCUCCGGCGAACAGAUGCGCCGUACUCUCCGAUGGUACGAUCUCAUUGGACUCGGAAUCGGCGGAAUGGUCGGCGCCGGUGUUUUUGUCACCACCGGCCGUGCCAGUCGUCUCGACGCCGGUCCUUCAAUCGUCGUCUCUUACGCCAUCGCUGGACUCUGCGCUCUCCUCUCCGCUUUCUGUUACACUGAAUUCGCCGUACAUCUCCCCGUCGCCGGCGGCGCCUUCAGCUACAUCCGUAUCACAUUCGGUGAGUUUCCUGCAUUCUUCACCGGAGCGAAUCUUAUAAUGGACUACGUAAUGUCAAACGCCGCCGUUUCGAGAAGCUUCACCGCUUAUUUAGGAACAGCUUUCGGGAUCUCAACAUCCAAGUGGCGAUUCGUCGUCUCCGGUCUACCAAAAGGAUUCAACGAGAUCGAUCCAGUCGCCGUUCUCGUAGUCCUCGUAAUCACAGUCAUCAUCUGUUGCAGUACAAGAGAGAGCUCGAAGGUGAACAUGAUAAUGACUGCAUUUCACAUCGCAUUCAUAUUCUUCGUGAUCGUGAUGGGGUUCAUAAAAGGAGAUUCAAAGAAUCUUUCCUCACCGGCGAAUCCAGAGCAUCCGUCGGGGUUUUUUCCGUUCGGCGCGGCCGGAGUUUUCAACGGAGCUGCCAUGGUUUACUUAAGCUACAUAGGAUACGACGCCGUUUCAACCAUGGCGGAGGAAGUAGAAAAUCCCGUUAAAGAUAUACCCGUCGGUGUCUCCGGCUCCGUCGCAAUCGUCACCGUCCUCUACUGUCUCAUGGCCGUCUCCAUGUCAAUGCUUCUCCCAUACGAUAUGAUAGAUCCGGAGGCGCCGUUUUCUGCGGCGUUCAGAGGAUCGAACGGCUGGGAAUGGGUGACGAAAGUGGUGGGGAUAGGAGCAAGCUUUGGGAUAUUAACAUCACUUUUGGUGGCAAUGUUAGGUCAGGCUCGCUACAUGUGUGUCAUCGGACGGUCCAGAGUGGUCCCCUUUUGGUUCGCCAAGAUUCAUCCCAAAACAUCUACGCCAGUCAACGCCUCCACUUUUCUUGGCAUUUUCACGGCGGCUCUUGCGCUUUUCACCGACCUAAACGUCCUCCUAAACCUCGUAUCCAUUGGAACACUAUUUGUCUUCUACAUGGUCGCAAACGCUCUCAUCUUCAGACGUUACGUCCCCGUCGGACCCACCAAGCCAUGGCCCACACUCUGCUUCCUCACACUAUUCUCCAUAACCUCUCUUGUCUUCACCCUCAUCUGGAAACUUGUGCCGGAAGGCAAGCCUAAAGCUUUCAUGCUCGGUGCCAGCGCGGUGGUGGCUAUAGCCAUCGUGCUGAUCUUCCAGUGCGUGGUUCCCCAGGCUAGGAAACCCGAGUUAUGGGGAGUCCCAUUCAUGCCGUGGACCCCGUGCGUGUCGAUUUUCUUGAACAUUUUUUUGCUUGGUUCGUUGGACGCACCCUCUUACGUCCGUUUUGGCUUCUUCUCCGGUUUGAUUGUGCUCGUGUAUUUGCUUUAUGGCGUUCAUGCGAGUUCUGAUGCUGAAGCCAAUGGGUCUUUUGGUGUUAAAGAUGGACAAGUCAUGAAAGAGCUAACCGAAGUGUGAAAAGUAUUUAUUUAGUUUAGUUUUCUAAAACAACUAGCUUAUGUAAUUAAACUCUCUAGUUUCUUUUUCCAAAUGAGGGGGUUUUAAAAUAUUACUGAAAAAAUAUUAAAUUCAACUUUAGGGAAAAAAAAGAUCAUGUAUUUUUUUUUAACGACUAAAAUGAAAUCGAUCGUAUGCUAGUCA